UGCUUUUCAUGUCACUCGAUAUUUUUUCCGAUUAAUCAUCCACGAUUCUAUUGUAGUGAAAAAAGGGUAGAUUAUUUUUAAGCAAUACUGUUCGGUGUUUAUUCGUUGAAAGUGGUGCGAAAAUGUGAACAACCCAUGGAUUAAUCACGAUUCAUACUCCGGAAUCAACGCCCAGCUGUGAAUGGUAAAUAUCGGAUCGCAGUUAUCGCUCACGGGAGUGUGAGACAUCAAAUAUUAGACAGCGAGAAAAUAAUGGCAGAUAUGAUGCGAAUGAGUGGCAGUGGGGCGCUGGGUGGCUUCCAACGUGAUAAACUCGGUUCGCCAUCGACUGGCUCCGAAGACGGGGGAGGUAUAGACUUGGCCGAUAUUGCGCAGGAACUGGAUCAGGAUGAAUUCGACGGUCCCACAACGAUGAAUGGAGAUCGUCCAGCGAUUACUGCUCCACCCGAAAGUGAAUGGUACCAUGGACGCUUGGAUAGGUUCAGCGCAGAACAGAGAUUGAAAUCUGUGUCCAGAUUGGGGAGCUACUUAGUUCGCGAAAGUGACCGUAAGCCUGGUUCGUACGUUUUGAGUUACUCGGGAAGAACCGGCAUAAACCACUUCCGUAUCACGGCUGUUUGCGGUGAUUUCUACAUCGGAGGUCGUCAGUUCUUUUCGUUGAGCGAUUUGGUUGGCUAUUACACGUCUUGUAGUGAUUUGUUGAAGCGAGAGAAGCUUGUCUAUCCGGUUCCACCGCCUGAGCCGGUGAAUGAUAAGAAACGAGUUGUCGCCAUUCUGCCAUACACCAAAAUGCCGGACACAGACGAGUUAACAUUCCAGAAGGGAGAUAUCUUCUUUGUGCACAACGACAUGGGUGAUGGCUGGCUUUGGGUGACCGCUCACCGCACUGGUGAACAGGGUAUGAUCUUUCGUGAAUUGGUAGAAGAUUUAGACCCCAGCAUAGAUCCCAACACUGUGUUCUCGUGGUUCCACCCAACAUGCUCGAAGAAUGAGGCGGUCGACAUGCUAGUCAAGGCUGGUCCUGGAAGUUUUCUCGUAAGACCGAGCGAUAACUCCCCCGGAGAUUACUCUCUGUUCUUCCACAUCAAUAACCAAAUUCAACGUUUCCGCAUUGAGAAGAAAGGUGUCCGCUAUUUGAUGGGCGGACGAACGUUUGAAUGUUUGGAUGCAGUCAUCAACCGGUAUCGCAAAGAACAAAUCGUCGAAGGACAUACACUGAUGCAUCCGGUCAUAAACGGAUCUCAACCGGAAUAUCAUCCUCCUACCAAUGUGGCCAGCGCGGCAGAGAAAAUUUACGCGACUCUUCGCGAGUGUCGCGAUCAAAAUAUUUUGAAGAAGACGAAGGGCAUCAAACAUCAUGGUUAUUUGUUGAAAAAAUCAGACAAAACCACUAAAUGGAAACAGCUCUACUUUGCUUUGUUGGUGGAAGGGUCUGAAACUCAUCUGUGCUUCUACGAUAAUCCGAGGAAGACGAAACCAAAAGGUUUGAUUGAUCUCUCGUGUGCUUAUCUUUACCAGUGCCAUGAAUCGUUUUGGGAAAGGCAACACUGCUUCCAAAUAGUCGAGCGUGCGUUACCAUGCCUUGCAACGAUAUCUUAUCUGUGUGCCAAUAGCCAGGAAAGUUACGUGGAGUGGGUAAACGCAUUGAAGUCCCACUGCGUGUCUCAGCUCAGCAAAGCUCAAUCCAAAGUUCCACGGCUACGCGAAUUACGCUGCUUGAAUCUACAGAUUUUGGAAGCUCAUCGUUUACCGUUCAAGCUUGUUCCCCAUCCAUAUUGCAUUGUUUCGUUGAAUCAAGUAAAGGUGGGCAAAACUCGCGUCAAGACCGCUCCGGACCCCGUUUGGGAAGAGGAAUUUGUUCUCGAUGAUGUUCCGCCGGAUGUGGUGACAGUGACGAUAACUGUUUUGAGCAAGGGUAAGCGUGGCAAAGAUUCUGAAGUGGCCGAGCUAAUUGUUGAUCUUUGUGGCCUGAAAAACGGGCAGGAAACGGAGGAGUGGUAUCCUUUGAUUGGAAUGACCCCGAUGGGUGAAUGGGGAUCAAUCCGCUUGCGUAUAAGAUAUCUGGAUGAUUUGGUAAUGCCUUGCGAGGAAUACAGCCCUCUGCAGCAACUUUUGGUGGAACCAGAACUGAAUGCAGUUCGUGCAUUGGCUGAAAUAUGUCACAACGAUCGUAUCCCUUUGGCUACCUCACUUCUGAAGGUAUUCCGCCACGAGAAACGUGAAACUGAACUGUUGAGAAUACUUUGCCAAGCCGAGGUAGCGAAAGAAAAUGAAACGACCACCCUAUUUCGAGGUGCUUCUCUGGCAACAACACUCAUGGAUCUGUACAUGCGAGCUGAGUGCACCGUUUUUCUCCAAUCUGCCGUAUCUGAUAUAAUCCAAAGAAUUCUCGAAAGUAAGCAAUCGGGGGAACUGAAUCCAACCAAAAUGGACGUUAAUGAUGAUGCCUGUUCCAAUGCCGAAUUUCUGCUGAUGAUUUUGGACCAGGUGACGCAAUCGAUUUUCACUUCACCCGAUGCGUGUCCGCGAACCGUUCGCUUCAUCUGCAAUUGUCUCCAGAAAUCAGUGGUCGCGAAGUGGCCAUCGCCAAAUGAACGCUUAGUGCGUACCCGUGUUGUUUCAGGGUUUAUCUUUCUGCGUCUGCUUUGUCCAGCUUUGCUCAAUCCCCGUCAAUUUGGUCUAGUCAGUGAAACGCCACACCAGAUGGCAACCAGGACACUCAUAAUGGUCGCAAAAUGUUUGCAGAACUUGGCAAAUCUGGUGGAAUUCGGCGGGAAGGAACCCUAUAUGGAGGUAGUCAAUCCAUUCAUUCUUAAAAAUAAGGAACGCAUGAUCGUUUUUCUCGAUCAGCUAUCAUCUGUAACUGACCCAAAUCCGCCGCCUGGAUGUGUGGUUGAACAGAACAGUUCUUCAACUCUCUCCAGUUCAGACGCCGGACGCGAGCUGGCCACUUUGCAUCACAUCUGCGUGUCGUAUCUUCCGGAGUUACAAUCAAUGAGUAAGGCAACCAUCGCGCUGAAGAAGCUGGUCACGGUCACCGAAAUGCUCUCGAAGCACAAGCUCAAAUACCGGGAAAUGAUUAGUUAAUCUGUAAGCCUUUUACAGCACACGAAUUAAGCUAUACUAAUCAUAAAUUGUAUUACUCUCUCUCUCUCUUUCUCUCUCGACGAGAAAUCGAAAGUCAAAGUUUCGAACACAGGAAUAGGGUUAACCUAAAAGUUUAAAAACGUAUUAAACAUCUAUAUUGGAAUUUUCUUGUAGCAGUGCAUACAAAAUAACCAAGUAACGUAUAAAAUUUAAUUUUAAACGAUGAACAUUGGCGUAAAAAACAGAUGGAAAUCGGGUUCACUGUGUCACAACGAUUGAUUUUAGCAUUUUGAGAAACUCAGGAGUAACAUUUUAGGCAUAUAGGAUACAAAAAAGUAAGAAAACCAACAACAACAAGAAUACUCCACGCUGAGUUAAGGCGUCGCACAAAGCCUGCAGUGUAUUAUCUUUCUGAGAUAAACAGGAAUUCGGCAAAUAGCUUAUGUUGUUAUGUGGAGCAUCAUAUUAAUCAUUGAUGGUUGUUUCUUAUUUUGGAAAAUCAAUUAGAAUGACGUGCGCUAUGCUAUCAACUAUCUGCACACAAGAAGUGAACAACAUUCUUCUUUCCCUCUCCACACAUACUUGUUUUAUAAGGAUGCAUAUAUGCUUUCGUAUUGAAGUUCUACAUUCAACAUGGACGGGAUAUUCGAAGCUCCUUCUUAAGAGACAUUCGUCAAAAAGAUUGAAAUUGGCCUACAGAAUACCGGCUACGACAAUUGAGAUUGAGUUAAAAUCGACGUUUGCAUUUAGAUAUCCGAUGGUCACAUAAAUGCUUCCCCCUAAAGGCUGACAAGUGAAUGUUGAACUCAACACGGCGGAACAUAUGUGUAUUAUACACAUGAGCGAUACGUUAUAAACGAUUGGAUUUGAACAUCAUCUGAUACAAACUAGUUUUACGAUGAAACAUAAAUACCAGGAAUCAACGGGAAUACAUACAUAGAUUGAAGAAACAGCGUUUGCACAAGUAGGCACUCAUACCAAAAAGACGUGGAAUCUAAUAUUUAGGUCGUAUUGAAAAAAAAGUUUAACUUUUUUUUUAUAUACUUUAUUCGUGAUGUCCUCGGGAUAAAAUGGAUAACGCAAUUCGAUGUACAUGCACUGGAUAUGCAUUCUGAUGGUCAAUUUAUUUUAUACAUGUAAAACUUUCGACGUUUUCUACUUUACACAUAUUCUUUUCUACCGACAUACUUUACCUUGUCCAACGCCCCGAUCAAUUAGGCCCAGCUUCAGCCCAUGCCAGACGAUUUUUAAAUGCAUUUUUAUAAUCAUACAUUCAUCUUAAAUAUAACCAAGGAUUCUCAGUAAAUUAAACAUGAAAUUGUA